AUGCUGAAAAAAUGGUGGAAAUGGCUAGAUUUGGACUCCCGCACCAUGCUCCUCAUGUUGAAAGGGGCACUGGCCCCGACUAUCACCAUCGCCAUAUACCAGAGUACAGCUAUAUCCCGCAUCACGUCCUCAAUCGGAUAUCUCUCUGCUUUAAUCUCCAUCCUUUCACAGGGGUUGAUGCCUCGGGCCAAAUUCAUGAAGAUCAUGUUUUACGAUCUUCUGUCCACCUGUGUUUCGGCAUCACUAUGCUGCCUUGCGAUUCUUUGUGCCGUCAGUGCCCGAGAGCACAACACCCCCAGACCCGACGGUUUCAGUAGUGAUGCUUGUGCUGUGGCUGCUGUUUGGCUCAUUUUCAUGAUCUGGGGCGCAAAUUCUCUCCGCGCACUGAAGCCAAUAGAACUUCAAGAUCCAAUGGUUGCCUUCUCCAUUUUCGCUUCUGUCACCAUCACCCGUGCGGGCAUGUUCACGAGUCGGGCCGAAGGACUGGAAUUCGUAGCACGUCUCUUAAAAGGGUUCAUGAUUGGCUUUGCGAUUGCCACCGGCGUGUCCCUGCUCAUUUUGCCGAUCACAAGUCGAGGAAACGUGUUCCAGGAUAUCAAAGGGUACCUCGCGUCCGUGGAAGAUGUUCUAGCGGCUCAGAUCUCCUUCGCCGAGGAAGAUAUCGUAAACGGGUUAUUCACAGGAAGUGGUCUGCUGCGGCGGACUCGAACUGCGAUGGAUCAGGAUGCGCAAGGUGAAACAGAUCCACAAUGCACGCGAAACAAGCUCCAAGGCUCCAUGACCAAGCUCAACGGGCUUCAUAGUAAGCUCCACGCGGAUCUCUUUUACUCAAAGGAUGAGAUAGCGUGGGGCAAAUUGUCAGCCGAUGACCUCAGCACCAUCGCCACGCUGCUUCGCAGUAUUUUGCUGCCUCUUUCUGGCAUGUCGAUGCUGCCUGAAAUCUUGGAGGUAAUAGUCAAGAAUGAAGGACCGCACGAAGCUGACGACAACUCGGAAGGGGAGCUGAAAUAUUCGGAGAUUCGGAAAGUCCUGGAGACGAACCAUGCGCGUCUGGUCCACGCAACAAAGCUUGUCCAGCGGGGUCUGUCCCGUUUUCUCCUAGCUUUGGAGCUUAUCACGCCUAAGCAUUUGGACAAGCGGACGCGCGGCACGCAAGCUAGGGACACCGAGGCAAAGGGUGAGGAGCUAGACCCAACACAGUCAGAUUUUGGGUCACGCUUUGAGGCAGAAUUACAGCGCUAUUACACUGCAAGGAAACAGCAGCCCGAUGCACUGGCGUCGCUUGAGGCAUAUUCGGAGGCUCGUUUCGCGGAUCCGGAUGUGAGGCAAGAAUUCUUUGUGAUUCUGUAUAUGAGCCAUUUGCAGGAUGACCUGCUGAAUGCGACGCUGCAAUUGGUUCAGUUUGCCGAUGACAAGAUUGCUGAUGGGACGAUGAAGCGUGGGAGGUUGAUCUUCCCGAAACAAAAGUCUAUAUCGGAUUGGUUCUCGCUGGGCAGAAAGGACGAUGAAGAACACAAUAGAAGACAGUCGUCACACGUGGACCCUGCCAACAUCCAUAGGGCUCCCCAGUCGCCGGGCUUUCCGAAUCCUGAACAUCUUCCGCCCGAGAACAUAUGGGAGAAAGGUAGCACUGUACUGCGAAGUUUUUCGCAUGCCAUCAAAUCGGAUCAGAGUCUUUUCGGCUUCCGCGUCGCUGCCGCCUCGUUCUCUGUCGGAAUCCUCGCUUAUCUCCAUCAGACUCAGGACUUCUUCAUUCGACAACGAUGCAUCUGGGCCAUGAUCGUCAUCGUCAUCGGGAUGAACCCGACAAGCGGUCAAACCAUGUUCGGCUUCAUAGCGCGCAUCGGCGCGACAGCGAUAGCCCUCGUCCUAAGCUUGAUCGUGUGGUAUAUCGUUGACGGCAAGACUGCCGGUGUAAUUGUCUUCCUCUACCUUGCUAACGUGCUCGAGUACUACUUCUACCUCAAAGUGCCCCAAUACUUCGGGGCCUCUGUCAUAUCAACCGUGACUCUGAAUGUAAUAGUUGGCUACGAGCUCCAGGUCCGCAAAUUAGGUAUUCAAGCGGCCGAGUCCAACGGCCAACCAUACUACCCGAUCUACCUCUUCGGCCCAUACAAACUCGCCGCCGUCGCAGCGGGCUGCGCAAUUUCUUUCUUUUGGGUAAUAUUUCCAUACCCAAUAACAGCAAAAUCCCGACUUCGCAAACUGCUCGGCCAAAGCCUCUUCGUCCUCGCCAAAUUCUAUAGUUGCAUGCACACCACCAUCGAACUUUGGCUUAGCUCCUCCCUAGGCGAUGCCAAAGACCCAUCAUCUCCCGGCCACCAUCUUCAGAAAUCAAGACACAAAAUUUUCAAGGAAGAGAUGAUGCUUCUCAACGGGUUACGAAUGCAUAGUCACUUCAGUACAUUUGAACCUCCCAUCGGAGGCAAAUUCCCAAAAAAAACAUACGAUGACAUGAUCGCCGAAAUCCAACGCAUCCUAACAAGUAUGUCUCUAAUGGCACACACAGCACAGAGUCUCGAAACCCUGUCCAUCAAACAUUCCUCCGAAAAAAGAGAAGAUCACUGGAUGGCGCGGAUGGCGGAGAUAGCGCUUAAAUCGACGGAUUUCAAUUCCCACCACGUUACCUCGCUUUUGUGUCACAUCUCUGCGUCAAUCGCAAAUGCGCAGCCCUUGCCACCUUACCUUUCAACAGGGGAGUCGUUUCCGCUUGCGAGGCAGUUGCAGAGAAUUGAUGAGGGGUUGUUGAGUAUCAAACAUAUUGAAGACCCGGCCUUUUCGGCAUUUGCCUCCUUGGAGGUAUUGAGGUCGGUUGUUAGUUUUAGUUUGCAGGAUUUGUUAGAUAAUGCGCGGAAACUCGUUGGGGAGCUUAGUUUUGAUUUCACUCCGAGGGAUAUACAGAGGGAGGAAGAGGUGGAUUUACUGCGAGGCCCUGGUCAAGAGGAAGCUUGA